GUAACGUUUCCGAAGGAUACCAUUGUUACAGCUGUAACUGUGCAGGGACGAGGCGAUCCUGACAUUCCCCAGUGGAUUAAAUCCUACUAUCUACUUUAUAGCAUGGACAGUGUCACAUGGACAUAUGUGAUGUCACCUGAUGGAUCACAGAAAUUAUUCACUGGAAAUACAGAUCAGAAUACCCCUGUGACGUCACUUCUUACAUUCAAUGUGACAGUCCGCCAUCUGCGUAUCAAUCCACGGACUUGGUAUAGGCACAUCUCACUCAGAUUUGAUGUGAGUGGAUGUUCAAUUAGAAAACGGAAAGAUGGAUUUAGCCACUUCGUUAUGAAGCCAGUAACAGAAGAAAAUGAAAUGAUAACCAGCCAUACGGUAAUUCCGGCAGAUUCUACAGUCCGAUCAAGGGCGGAGUGUGGCUUGAAAUGUCAGAGCCACAGCACAUGCAUGUCGUUCAAUUACACUACCAGCAACGGUGUACAGUGGUGUACAGGUUACAACGCCUGGAUCGUCGUGCCUGGACAGAUCACUUCAUCCAUUAGCUUAUUCGUUAUUCAAGAUGUCCUGGACUUGUAUGGCUACAAGGAAGAUAAAGAAGCUGCCAUCCUGUACAACAUCAUAGAGAUUAGGAAGACCCAGGCAGAUGCAGCAACUUCCUGCACAGCUAUGUACACUCGCCUGAUGAAGGUUGACAAGGCAUCCAAGAUGGCGAGUCUGCAGAAUACAGUUUCCGGUUACCUUGUACUGAAACAUGACUUCCGUUUCUACGUCGCGGGAGUCUAUAGCCCUCCAACCUGGCGUUACAUCGAGGAAGAAACAGAUGAGAUCGACAGUACUCUCUGGUCUCCUGGCAACCCAAAUCCAGGUCAAGGUCACUGCGUCAUGUUGACAGAAGCAGGACUGACAAGUGUGGAUUGCGAACAACGGCUUUUCUCAAUUUGUGGGAAUUGA